AUGAAGGGAAAUUCUUCAAGCUUACGGGUGAGCUUACGUUUACUCUCUGCUGGUUUGGUGAGUGAAGAGGUUAUUAAGGAUGAUACGAAGCUGGUCGGUGGUUCAGGCCUGUCUCUCUGUGACUCUAACGAUAACUCGAAGAAAUCGGAGACCAACAAAGCUUUGAGAAACCACCAAGUCCUCCUGGCUGCGCACCUUGAAGAAGCUGCAGAAUUAGCUGCCAUGAUUCAAGGGUUGAGUUGGGCGUUGAAACUUGUUGUGAAAAGUAUCCAAUUCUUCUGCGACGACGAUUCCAUCAUCUUGGAUUACGUAACAGACAAAGUUGCACCACCGAACGAGUCCAUUGUAGUAGCAAAACUUUUGAAGCAACUGGCUCUUCUUCAGACAAGCUUAACGUCUUGCCAGACACUCCCUCUGCAGCGCUCAGACGACGACAUCAAUUCUUCUUCUCUCAUUAAGCUCGCAAGAGAUGCCAUUGCUUCCCAAACCACAUGGCACACCAACACUGAGGAGUAUGAGACUUGUCCAGACUGCUACGCACAUGUUUCACCUCGUCACAAACUUGAGGUGAGGAGCGGUUACUUCCACCCCAUCUGCUUUACGUGCAUAAGGGACUGA